UUUUCCAAAGGUUUUAAUGGCGGAUCAAUCGAUAUAUCGCAGAGCACGACACGCCACUGAUUAAUACAUCUUAAACUCAAAACGUAGGCGGUGAUCGUCAUAAAAUUAAGAGGAACCCACUUGGGGCAAAGACGACGCCAGGACAUCGCAUGCAUCACCUAAUUUAAACCGCAGUCAAAGUGUCUAGACGAAGUAUCGUCAUAAAUUAAAAGAUAGAAAAGACUGAAAUUAUUAGAAUAAAGCAACUGAUUCCAACUGCGAUUGCACAGUUUCUUCGUCGGGUACGGGCCAUCGCGAACGAAAUUGACGAGUCGUCGGCCAAUUCGAGUGCAGAAUGUUCGGACGCUAGUGUAUUUUCAGUUGAAGUGCUUAAAGGAAUUGAAAUGAAUGUGUGUGAAUGAAGUAUUCAAAUAAGAAACUGAAAUUAAUGAUUCGUGGAGUGAACACAGUUUUAUCGAUUUUCACGGGUAGGAAACCGAUUUUAUUCUACCAUUUGACUCAUCAAGAAUUCCGUAGUUUUAUAUUCGACUGAAGCAGAAAUGGCAAGCGAUCAGAAAAAUGGAAGCACACCCGCACAGCAAGAAAGAGGUGACGUCAUCAAAACCCCAGGAGACACGGAUUAUGAUCCAGAUGAAGACCUAGGAGAGAAAAAUCUGACAACUUACUUCGAGACAUUACUUCAUAUGCUGAAAGUCAGCCUGGGCACUGGAGUUUUGGCGAUGCCGAAAGCUUUUGCCAAUGCUGGCUAUCUUUUGGGUAUGAUUGGCACAAUCAUAGUCGGAGUUCUUUGUACUUACACAACGCAGAUGCUUGUCCAAUCAGAAUACGAGCUGAGUAGAAGACUGCGAGUGCCCAGUAUGACGUAUCCUCAAACUUUUGAAGCAGCGUUCUCAGAGGGACCGAAGCGAUGCAGACCAUUUGCUAAAGCCGCGGGCGUUACGUGCAAUCUGAUUCUAUUCCUUCUUCAAUGCGGUCUCAGUUGUGUUUACAUGGUAUUCGUAGCUGACAAUCUAAAGGCGGUAUUGGACCAGUACAUCGGGACAACAGACAUCAGACUAUACAUGGCGUGUCUCUUGGGCCCACUGAUUAUUCUCUGCUGGUUCGGUAACCUGAAAUACUUAGCACCACUGUCUUUCUUUGGUAAUUCCAUGACCAUGAUCUGCUACUGCAUUACCUUCUGGUACGUUCUCACUGACCUGCCAAGCUUUUCCACCAGAAAAGCUGUUGUCGAUCUCAAACAGUUCCCACUCUUCAUCGGCACGGCGCUGUUCGCAAUGGAGGCUAUCAGCGUGGUUAUACCUCUGAAGAACGAAAUGAAAAGACCAGCACAGUUUCGCGGGUCGUUCGGCGUGCUCAACUGCUCAAUGGUGCCCAUCACAAUCUUGUAUCUCCUUGUUGGACUUGGCGGGUAUUUGAAAUACGGGGAUGCAGCGAGAGGAAGUAUCUCUCUCAAUUUACCAACAAGUGAAGUGCCAGCUCAAUGUGUAAAAUUGAUGUUAGCUUUCUCAGUCUUGAUUAGCAACACCGUACUAACGUACGUAACGUCAACUAUCCUUUGGGAAGAAUUUCUGAAGUCAAGGUUCGAAAAUUCGAAGAGAAAAGUUGUAUGGGAGCUCUCUGCCAGAGCUUUCUUAGUUUUAGCAACAUUUGUUAUAGCUGCUUCAAUCCCUAACCUGGAGUUGUUCAUAUCAUUAAUUGGAGCUCUGGGAUUGGCAAACCUUGGCCUCGCUUUUCCAGUAAUAGCGGAGACCCUCACAUUCUGGGACAGAUACCAUGGUUGCUGGUUUUUCUUCUUCAUUCUCAAAAAUAUCUGCUUGCUGCUCGCGGCGAUCUACGCAUUCUUCAUCGGCGGAGCAACCAGCAUCAUCACCAUCUACGAAAAAUUAAUGGAUGGAACCUUAUUUUAGGUUCUAAAAUAAUAAAACAUUCCGCAUAAGUCCAAAACAAAACAUAUUUUUGAUUUGUGAAUGAUUUCGAGAGAUGAGGCAAGCUUAUAAACGGUAGAAAAUCCUCCAAAUUUGAAGCAAUUUCAACGACAAAUAAAGAAAAGUACCCUGAUAGAAUAAAUCAGCCUGUCAACGCCAAAACACAUGAGCAUCCAUUGAUAUUAGGAGAAAUCAGUAAAAUUCAGUACUCUGUUUUAUUGAUAUGUGCUAGUGUCAAUAAAUAUCAACUAUAUUUUGGCAUUAGUUAAGUGAUUAUUUUUCUAAGGAGUGCAUGUCACACGAUUUUAAGAUUUAAUUAAAGUAAUAUGUAAGCCUU